CUUUCUUCAGACUGGAUGGACUUCCGUAAAAUUGAGAAGUAUGCCGUUCAAGGUAAAAGCAGAACAAAGGAACUGCUUUGGAGCUGGGCACACAAAAAUAAGACUGUUGGUGACUUACUAAUAGUUCUUCAAGAAAUGGGACUUCAGAGAGCCAUGAAUUUGUUUACAGAGAUAAAUGUCCAGCCACGUGUCAGCUGUAAAGAGAUUGAAGAAGGAACUAAGAACUUCCACAGAGAUUUCUUUAUUGGAGAAGGACAUUUUUUUGAAGUUUUCAAAGCUGAUAUUAAGAAACAAUUGUGUGUUGUAAAGCUGCUUAAACAGAAGAAUAACUUGGCAGAUCAGAAGCAAUCAAACCUCUUUAUGUCAGAAUGGAAACACCUACCCAGACUUCAACAUUCAAACAUUCUAGAAAUACUUGGAUUUAUCACAAUGGAAGGAAGAACAUGUUUGGUAUACCCAUAUAUGAGUAAUGGCUCUCUCUUUCACAGACUGCUUUGUACUGGUAACACUCCUCCACUAUCUUGGCAAAUACGUUACAACAUUCUGCUUGGUGUAGCAAAGGCCAUACAGUAUCUUCAUUCAGUGGACUCAUAUCCAAUUGAUUGCGGGAAUAUAAACAGCAAACAUAUAUUGCUUGAUCAGCAUUUUCAGCCAAAGCUCUCAGACUUUGCCAUGAUACAUUUGAGGUCUAACCUGAUAAAUACCACACCACAUCACACCAUAAAGAUGGAUCAUGCCGCACUGAGGUUCCUGGCACACCUGCCAGAGGAGUACAUUAGGAAAGGAGAACUGUCACUGAAAACUGAUGUGUACAGCUAUGGAAUUGUAACAAUGGAAGUUUUAAGUGGAUGUCAAGCAAUACUUAAUGGAUCCAAAUGUACAUAUCUGAAAGAAGUGUUUUGGAACCAAAUGGAGAAACGUGGAACUGAAUCUUUUCUAGCUAUAAUGGAUAUGAAAUCUAACAACUGGCCCUAUGGUGUUGCACAAACACUUUUUGGAGUAUCUAUUGAAAGUACAGCACUGCGUUCCAAAGAGAGGCCCACUAUGGAAGAGGUUCUUAAAAGUAUUGAAGGCUGUAAGGAUGCUGACAAGUACAGUGGAGAUCAGCCUAAAUCACUUGUGUCCGUUCCACCCGGUCUUUGUCCGUUGCCUUGGAGCUAUGCCAAUGUUCCUGUUGAAAGUGAUGAAAGUCUGGACUGUUCCUUCAGUUUGGAAAGGAAAAUAGAAGUGGUAACACCAUGUGAAUGCAGCCAGUCUGAGGUUACAUUUUUAGGAGUCAACAGAAAAGUUAGAGAUAAAGGAAGCGUUCCAUCUCCACCGAUACAAAGCAAUACUACAUCACAUAGUGACCAUAUAUUACAGAGAAAUGAAAUAACCCAUAACAACAAUCCAGUUGAGUGUAGCUACUCAACGGGGCCAGACACAGUCACAGUAUUCUGUGAAGAGUGCAUAGCGAAUGGUUUUGGCUACUGUAAAAAAUAAACUGGAGAGUUUCUCUGACAUAAUUUAGGGGCUUAUUUAUGAAAGCCGUUCAAGCUCUAUCCUCUGUGAAAAAGGUUGAUUUGCUGGAGGUAGUUUUUUCCUAUUUAUUAACGGCCACUGCUGGUGGUUGCUGUCACCAAGUAUUGCCAGCUAUAGCCAUUGCUGGGCACUCCAGCCUAUUUAAAACAAAAGACAGUACUAUCUUAAUGUCUGAAUGCCGAUAACCGUGAGCCAUUAAAGGAGAAACAUGCAUUAUUAUAAAUUUUAUUUAUUAUUAAGUAAUAAAGGAACCCAGUCUGCCCGCUUACCACGCCCCGCUCUGUUUCGCAGUUCAUACAAUCAAAGGUAGGGUCUGCAAAGAUAAGCUGUGGCGCAUGCAGGGGGUGUUCUGAGUACCCAGGACCACCUUGCCCCCUCCUGACUGAUGGUCUAUGGUUUUGUCCCCCCCACCCCCCGAUAUCAUGUAGUUUACCUAGAUAAUUGUAUAAUAUAUGCCCAGCAUUUGGAGUAAAUCCUACUAGAUGGUGCAAUUUUGCUAAAAUACAUUGAGCUGCAGGGAGGACAAAUUCUAAAUGUAUGAAUUGGGAGGAUGCUACACGUUAGCUUAACUCUGAUUCAUAGUUUGAAACAAAAACUGGCCAUUAUUGCUGAAUUGCAUACAAAAGCCAUCAGUAUUAGCCCUGAAUGAAAAACAAAAUCUUUAUACAGCUUGCAACGCAAUAGGACAGGUUCAAGAGAAUAUUUUCACCAUUUAGCUGUAUUGCUCAGAACUCUAAAUAAGGCCCUAAUUGUAAAAAUUAGAUUUAUGGUAAGAACUUACCGUUGUUAAAUCUCUUUCUUCGAGGUACACUGG